CGCCCAAACAUAAAACUACGCCUCUGCAAAAUUUCGUUAAAUUCAGCAUCUCCUGCAUCAAUCAAAUUCAUCACAGCGCACGCUCUGGGAAACAUUUGCUGUAUCGACUCAUCAAUACAGCGCUUUAAAUAAUAUUAGAGAAUUAUUACACAGCACACCGCGGCGCAAUUCAUCGCCUCCGCCAUGCCUCCCCGAAAGAAAGCGCGUGGCCAACGUGCCGCAACCGACGACGAUGCUAUGGAUAUCGACACACCUAAAAGCCGCCGUAACAAACCAGUGCAUAACGACGAUCCGGAAAUCAAUGGCCUCUGGACAGACGAUCAAGUAGCCUCGCUAUUCAAAGGUGUCAUUAGGUGGAAACCUGCUGGGAUGCACAAACACUUUCGAAUGAUUGCGAUAUCAGAACAUCUCAGAAACCACGGAAUCGACCCUGAUCUUCAUCAACACACGCGCAUCCCACACAUCUGGGCAAAGCUCCGAAGCUACUACAACCUAGAUUUCAUCGACGAGCGAGAGAACUUUGACGACGAGGAUGCGGAGGACCGAUAUCUCGACUUUUCAUUGCCAACCGAAGAUUAUAAAGUAUCCAUGUUGCAGCGCGCUGUUGCCGACGUAAGCGAGGCCCCGACAUCACCGCCCGAAUUGGACAUGUCACCUCCACCACCAUCGCACGGUGGCAAGCGCAAGCGAGGCAACGCUCGCUCAAAGACUAGAGCAGCCUCCGCUGAGGACACAGAAGAUGGGACAGAUGCCGCAUCACCAGUCGCGAAACCUACUCGUGGCAAGCGUGGACGAACGCGCGCAGCAAGUCGAGCUGGCAAGGCCGAGACAACCGAAGAGGAAGACUCAGAAGAAGGCGGCGAGAGUGGCGGCGAAGACGAGGACGAGGACGAAGAUGACGAAGACAGCGACCAAGAAGAAGAGGAGGAAGCAGAAGAGGGCACUACAGCUACACGGGGACGCAGGCCGACUCGAGGUCGACCGCCUGCGCGAGGCAAGAGACGUGGUAGAGGAAGGUGAAAGUGCCACCGGCUAUAUUAUAGUGGAAUUUUAUGUAAAAGGCUUUAGUAAAAGUACAAGAUACCCCAUGCUCAGAAAGUAUUUGUCCGAAAUAAAUCAUGGUGCCAGUAAAUCAUGAUGACUCCUCUCCUUCGCUAGAGGUGCCCAUAUCUUCGUCAUUCGUUAAUAAGUCUCUCUCAUCCCCCCCUUCUUCUUCCUCUCCGUCACCAGGGUCGUCAUCCGAAGAGUCGCUCUGAAUGCUGUGGUUUUGCAACGUUUCCCACGGUGCACAGUAUUGCGUAGCUUCUGCCCAGCCCUCCUUCGAAGCGUCAAGAUCGCUUACUCUCAAGAUCGAUCUUGGGAUAGGAACCGCCUUUUUUAACUUGGGAAGUGGAUGUGACGGCGUCCUUUCCAGUGUCUUCCACAUCUGUGCUUCGGCUUGAGCGCUUGCACGCGCAUCUACCUGUUCUGCGACUUCUUCAGCUUCGCGCUCAGCUAGAACCCGGAGUGUUAGGGCUUCUCUGAAUUUCGUUACGUCGCGGAUAGUCGUGACAGAGUAUUGUAAGCCUUCUUUAACUUCAGCCUCGACAAAAGGGCCAUGCUUGCCAUCUUCAAUCUCUGAAGAUGACGAUUCAUCGUCUUCAAGGUCUGAAUCGUCGUCCAUGCUGGUUUCAUCAACUGCAGAUGAUAUUCCGCGCGUGUGCCGUCCAGAUGCUGUGCGUGCAUCUGACGCUCGGGGAUCUGGUACCCCAUGCGAAAAGAGACGAGCUUCCACAGUCUCGUAAGAAAGAAUAUCAGGAUCCGUAGCAUCGUCAUUUAUAUCUGCCAAGGGGUCAUCGUGUAUAUUCAGACGAAGCCUUCGUGCCGCGGUCGCCCAAAACUUGGAGGAAUCUCGGGUUAGUCCCAGGGAGGCCACGGCUGCACGAACAUCUCUAGCCCGGACCCUCAUCUGCAUAUCAGGGGUCGCAGAAGACUGAGUCCUUAUCCUAGACGAUGCGAUGUAUAGUGCCGUUUGCAUGAUCCGUCGGGUCAAACUCAAGGCCAGCGAGUGGAAAUCCUCCAGACAUGUUGCCCAUAUCGACGGGGGAGAUGAGUCGAUGUUGACCCAAUUUCCUUCAGGGACUGUCGAGUUCAUAAAGACCCGUCUGGAUAAAGCUAGCCAGUCUGUGAGGCUAAAGAGUGGUGUAAAGACAAAGUCUGGCAGAUCAGAUCCUGGUGUCCUUUUGUCCAGCGCGGCAGCAAUGUUUGGGGUAAUGUCCCAGUAACUUCCCCAUUUUGCGCUCUCGCGCAGUUGUUCAUGUCGUUCCUGUUUCAGAGAUAUGGCAUCUGCCGCCUCUUCUUGAGCCUGGCAACAUUCAUUGCUCAACUCGACCGCGGCCGGUAGCUCUGCCAAAGCAAGCAUCUUCGACUUGCCCCUCAGCUGACCCUGGCGCGCCUCGAAGGUCUGCUGCAGAAACCGUAGGUAGUGUUUUACCUCCAAUACGUCUUUUGUGUCGAUUCUAGCUGCUAUUGCGUCCAAAUUUGAGACUCCGAGGCGGGAAACAGCUUCAUACAACUGUGUCUUCUCCAAGGUUGACCAGUAUGUGAGUCCAACCUGGCCGGGAACUGGUGCCUCAUCAUCGUCUAGCGACACACCCAAGGCAGCAUCCUCGAUAUCAUGGUUGAGUAAUUCCAGAUACGCGGGAUUCAUUGGUCGUUUUUGGCGCUUGAACCGCGGUUCAUCUGUGCGCCCACCCGCCGACUCUUGAAGCUGUCUCUUAGCGCGGCGUUUGUCGGCACCACCCUCUACUGAGGUGCUGCUCCGCCGCCGAUGCUUUGUACCAGUUUGAGCAUCAUGGCUCGCCUGUGUAUUGAUCAAGGCUUCUUCGAUAUCCUCUGGUAAAUAUUCUUCAUUCCCGUCUUCCAUGGUUGCUUUGCAGAGGCUGGUGACGGCGAUUCUUUAGCGGUAAUGCUCAUUGUAAACCAAACGGCUGAAAAGUGGCAAAUAUUGUAGUGUGCCGUAAAUAAGUAAACAUCAAGAUGGUAUUAUACAAUUAUCUUUUAUUAAAUAGUCGCCAACGUGUAAAUGAAACAAGCGCCAGUCAAGA